UCCUGCGGCAAAUUUGUAGUUGCCGCUUCUGCGGAGCAAAAUCGUGGUUACCUUCUCGGCGCAAUCUGCCGCGUACGUUUCUUCCUCUUCGCACUUUUUCUGGCCCACCAUAGCCAACUGCGCGCGGAAGCGAUGAAGGGGCACACCAGCUGGGAUGUGAAUGCGCCCACAAGCUGGUAUAUGAACGUGCCCCUUCACCGCAGCACACCCUCCAUCAGUUCAAACAAUUUUACGCGCACACCUUGGCGGCCCGCUAGCUCAACCGAGCCGCAGUUGCGCUUGGCAAAUUUGGCCGCGGUGUAGGAAGUCAAGCUGGUAAGCGGUUGAGCGGCCAAACUGCUGAGCGGUCAAACUGCUGAUCGGCCAAACUGUUGAGCGGCCAACCUGCUGAUCGGCCACCGCGAAAGUGCACGCCCCCCCGCCCGGUUUCAUGUUUCUGCUACGAAUAGGCAAAGUGCUGCUUUUCUCCACCCUAUUCGUAUCAUGUGUGAUGAAUGCGUGGCUGGUGAUUCUGAGCAGACGGCUGUUCCAGCAGGGCAGGGGGCAGUUUAAUUUCAUAGCGGACAGUAGGGCGAAAUAUGGGGUGAAGGGGACAUUCUUUUUUAACAGGAAAAGGGCCCGCCGAAGUGAGCUGAAAAGGGGUGAGCACGAACUGGAGAAUGGCGAAGGCGAAAAAAAGGAGCGCAAGGACGGCGGCAUAUUCAAGUACACAAAAUACGACCAAACGGACGAAGCGUACCUUAGGGUGCUGGAAAAGAAGGCGAAUGAAAUAAAAAACUCGAAGAACUGCUUUGAUAAGAGGAUAAAGAAUGUGCGCGCGCAAGGUGGGGGACCAUAUAGUGAGGCACCACAGGGUGAAGCACAAUCCCAACGAAUGGAUUACACAACGCUGCAUUUGCUGGCCAUCGAACUGAACGCCCUCUUGCAAGACUGCGUGGUGGAGCACAUAACCCAGGCAGACCUCCGCACGAUCGUCCUGCAUUUGAACAAGAAGGGAGAAAAGGACUACUACUUGUACAUUUGCUACGAUAAUGACAAUCCGGUAAUUUCCCUAGGGCUGAAAAUAAAAAAACUUUUUAACAGAUUUAUUGACGACGAUUAUGCGCAGAAAUUAAAUCCCGUUUUGAAAUAUUCACUCAUUUCGGAUAUUUAUAUAAAAAAAAGUUUCAUCAAAAUAUUAUGUAUUGAUUUUAUUUUGAAGAGGAAAACGGAUGAAGACAUUGACAUUGAAGAUAUUUUGGGGAAUGGAGGAGGAGGUGACCUCAGCAACAGUGGGAGAAAAGUGACUCUCCUUUUUGACCUCCACAAUAACUCCUGCAUUUCAUUUCUUAUAAACAAGGUGAAUAAUGAAAUUUUAAUUUCGCCGCAUAAUUAUGUAACAGAGAAGGUGAUAGACAAAUCAUACAAAGAGGGACACAUUUAUAACUUCCCCACAAAUUAUGAAUGUAAAAUGAUUCCAAAUGAAUAUGAUUUUUUUUCUUCCUUUUCAAGUUUGUUCAAAGCAAGGAAAGAGCAGAUAUUUAUUUCGUCCCUCUUGGAUUUGUACGAAGGGCUCAGUUACAACAUGGUGCUAAAAUUUUUGGCCUACUUGAACAUUCCCAGGAAUGCCAAAUUUGAAGAAAUCGAUUCCGGUGCGCUGCUCGAUUUCUUCAAUAAGGCAUACAUUAAGUGGGUGCGCUUUUUAAACUUAAAGGAAAAAGACGAAACGCUUUCGUUUGACCCGCACUUUGACUACAGGUUGGAUGUGUAUUCGGCUGUAAAGUUUUUGAAGAAGGAGAAGGGGGGGGGCGCCACUCCCCAGGAUGUAUGCGCCGCUCCAACAACUUUGAAUAACGGAAAGGAGGGAAGUGUCUCAGAAGGGAAUCGAACUGGAGACGCGGUGGAAGGAGGCCAAAAUGAGAAAUCGGGCCGCACCACUCCAGGCGGCGUAAAGAAUAACAACCCGCUAAACAAAGAAACGCAUUUCGAAACGGUCAUCGAACUGGUUUAUUACUACCACGGAAGGGGCCUCUCCGUAAAUAAAUUUUACACAGUGUUAAAGUUCUGCAAAGAAUUUAUCAGAAAAAAAAUCCCGCAGUAUGAAGAAAUGAUCAAGCAGUAUAAAAACGACCAGGAGGUGUGCGAACGGGCGUACUUGCUUCAUGAAAAUAUAAACAAGUUGAGCGUAUUCAACCACACCAUAUCGAAGAUGACAGACUGGAUUGACAACAAAACAUUUGAUGCGUUGAAGUUAAUUGAAAAGGAAUUAAAAUGCAAUUCUCUUGAAGAUAACAGAAAAAAACAUGUAAAAAAAAUGGAAGAAAAUAAAGAAAAGGAAGAAUUGUUAAAAAAAAAAAUUUUAAAUGUUGAACCAAAUGCAAUUAAAAGUUCGCAAAAUCUUUACAAAGGUUCUCUGCUAAUUAAAAUUAAUGAAACAGAUUUGUCUUCCCCAUUUUUAAUAAUAGGACGAAAUAGCAAACAGAAUGAGAAAAUUUCGACUCAACUUUUGAAAUUCAAUGAUUUGUGGUUUCAUGUGCAUGAACAUCCUGGGGGGCACGUCAUCCUUCGAAAUAAAAAAAUUAAUGGCCAGAUAAUCACGGCCGAGUUAAAUUUGGAGGAUAUUAAAAUCGACGAUGAUAUAAAGUACGCCGCCAACAUGGCCGCCUACUUUUCCAAGGCGCGCAAGAUAGAGAAGACCCUCGUGUGCUUCACCUUUGGGAAGUAUGUGCUCAAGGACAACACCCUCAGCGAGGGCGCAGUGGAGCUUCUGAAGUACCGGCUUGUAUACGGCAGACCGAGCAAAGUAUACAGCAUCAUAAAGGACCUGAACGAGCGAAACAAGGAGAUGGAACUUUCGAAGAAGAAAAAGUGA